CCGCGACACAACUGAAAUGAUUGUUUCCUUCCCAGCUUCUUCUGUUGCCCACUAACCAGCACAGUCCCACCUUCUCUCCCGCGGGCUACUAAUCAUGGCUGCAUCUUGUUUCUGCUGCUCUACCGCCAGUUUGAAAAACAUCUGCGAAAAGAUUUCUUGAACGUGGACUAAUUGAUGGAAGCAGACUUGAAAUUGUUGUUGAUCUCCAGAUUCUCAUAAAAUGGAUUGUGGCUGGGUUGUGGAGAGCAUUAAAAUAGACUGCUGUCAUUUUCUAAUCUUCAUUGAUCUUUGAGAUGUCUCUUGGAUUCCAAGGUCUAAACUUUGCAACCACACUUUUGGCAGUUUGGAGCCUAGUUCAGGUUAUUUUGGAUUUAUCACUGUUGAAGUAAUUCUUGUGUAAUUAAUGUCCCCGUGAAUGAAAUGGUUUAGGCCUAUUGAAAUUUAAAAUUCUUUAUGGUUAAGUUUAGACUUCUUACAGAAUGAUAUCUUCAUUUUUUAUUUGGCAUGCAGUUUUGUUUAUUCCUUCACUUUCUCAGAAACCAUACAUCAGUGCAUUUGCAGGUUCCUUCUCAUUAAUUUUGUUGAUUUAUGUGGACAAGUGAGAAACAGAUCUUUUUAUCCCAUUUGUAUUUUUCCAUUACCGAAAAGCAAAAGAUUUCUGGGUCUUUUUUGUGGAUGAUUUCUGACUUGAGAAGAAAGAUCAAAGAAGCAUGAUCAGAUUGCUUUGUCAAAGAAAUUUGCCAUGUAUAAAUAUUUGGACAAGUUUUUUACAUUGUGGGUUUUUUUCCCAAGCCAUUUGCUUGACCCAACAAAGCAGAAGUCUUUUAGAGUUGCCUGCUUUUGGUUUUGAUUCUUUCAAAUAUGCUGGCAUGCUUCGAGACUGUAUCGAAAAUGGCACACCCAGAAGAGGAAUGGGACUUCACUGUGAGAUUUUAAAAAGAGGUGGUUGUUUGGACUUGUUUGCCAAUAACAUUCUUCUCAACAUGUAUGUCAAAUCAAACUUACUUUCUGAUGCACAGAACCUGUUCAAAGAAAUGCCCAAACUAAAUACUAUUUCAUUUGUUACUUUGAUUCAAGGCUUAUCAGAGUCGCAACAUUUUGUUGAGGGGAUUAACUUAUUUGUUAGGCUGCAUAGAGAAUGUCACGAGCUUAACGGAUUCGUUUUUACUACAAUGUUUAAGUUGCUUGUGAAGAUGGGAUGUGCUGAGCUUGGUUGGAAUCUCCAUGCUUGUAUCUUUAAGUUGGGUCAUGACUCUAAUGCUUUUGUUGCAACUGCUCUAAUCGAUGUCUACUCCAUUUGUGGACUUGUUGAUAUUGCUAGCCAUGUUUUCAAAGGGAUAAUUUUCAAGGAUAUGGUAUCCUGGACUGGAAUGAUUACUUGUUAUGCUGAGAAUGAGUGUUUUGAAGAUGCACUGGAGCUUUUCUUUAGGAUGAGGAUGGUUGGUUUCAAGCCAAAUAAUUUUACUUUUGCUUCCUUGCUUAAGGCCUACGUUGGUCUGGAGGCCUUGGAUGCAGGGCAGAGUAUGCAUGCAUAUGUUAUAAAAUCACAUUAUCAAGACGAUAAGUUUGUGGGUCUUGCUUUGCUUGAUCUUUACACCAAGUCUGGGGACAUAGGUGAUGCUUGCCGGGUCUUCGAAGAAAUGCCCAAAACUGACGUGGUGCCUUGGAGCUUCAUGAUUGCGAGAUAUGCUCAGAAGGACCAGUGUGAUGAGGCUAUUGAUUUGUUCCUUAAGAUGAGGCAAGCUUUAGUUUCCCCCAAUGAAUUUGCACAUGCCAGUGUGCUUCAAGCAUGUGCUACCAAAGAAAAUUUAGUUUUAGGGAAGCAAAUUCAUGCUCAUGUAAUCAAGGUUUGUCUUGACACAAAUGUUUUUGUUUCAAAUGCCCUAAUGGAUGUCUAUGCUAAAUGUGGAGAGAUAGAUAACUCUACGAGACUCUUUGUUGAAUCACCGAACAUAAAUGAUGUUAGUUGGAAUACAAUGAUUGUAGGGUAUGUGCAGCUAGGGGAUGGGGAGAAGGCAUUGAGUUUAUUUUCUAGGAUGCUUAGGUUACAAGUGCCAGCAACAGGUGUCACAUACUCUAGUACUCUUCGUGCUUGUGCUAGUAUAUCAGCUUUGGAUCCUGGACUUCAAAUUCAUUCCUUGGCAGUUAAAACAAUAUAUGACAAGGAUAUUGCAGUUGGUAAUUCUCUGAUAGAUAUGUAUGCCAAGUGUGGGAGAAUCAAAGAUGCCCGCUUGGUGUUUGACAAAUUAAACAAACAAGAUGAAGUAUCAUGGAAUGCUAUGAUCUCUGGGUAUUCCAUGCAUGGCCUAGGUGCAGAGGCUCUAGAACUUUUUGAUAUGAUGCAGAAAACAAAGUGUAAACCAAGCAAGUUGACUUUUGUUGGUGUUCUAUCAGCAUGUAGCAAUGCAGGACUAUUGGAACAAGGACGAACUUAUUUUAAUUCUAUGACACAAGAUUACGCGAUUGAGCCAUGCAUAGAACACUACACUUGCAUGGUUGGACUUUUCGGAAGAUUAGGUCACCUCGAUAUGGCUGUGAAAUUGAUUGAGGAAAUUCCAUAUGACCCUAGCAUUAUGCUCUGGCGUGCUUUGCUUGGGGCUUGCGUUAUUCAUAAUGAUGUUGAACUUGGAAGACAAUCUGCUGAGCGAAUUCUUGAAAUUGAUCCCCAAGAUGAUGCUACACACGUGUUAUUGUCAAACUUAUAUGCCAAUGCAAAGAGGUGGAAUAAUGUUGCUUUUGUAAGGAAAAGCAUGAAAAAGAAUGGAGUAAAGAAGGAACUAGGCCUAAGUUGGAUUGAGAACCAAGGGAUGGUUCAUUAUUUUUGUGUGGGAGACAAUUCUCAUUCUGAUAUGAAACUUAUUAGAGGGAUGCUUGAAUGGUUGAACAUAAAAACCUUGAAGGCAGGAUAUGUUCCUAAUUGCAAGGCUAUUCUACUGCAAGUGGAAGAGGGUGAAAAAGAGCGCCUCUUGUGGUUACACAGUGAGAGGUUGGCUUUAGCAUUUGGGCUAAUUAGAACACCACCUGGGAGCUCUAUACGUAUUAUUAAAAAUCUGCGGAUAUGCAUUGAUUGCCAUGCUGUAAUGAAGUCUAUAUCGAAGAUUGUGAAGAGAGAUAUUGUUGUCAGAGAUAUCAACCGGUUCCAUAACUUUCACGAUGGAAUUUGCUCCUGUGGCGACUGCUGGUAAUUAAUAUGCCUAAAGGGGUAUAGAGCUAAUUAUCAACUUCAGUCAGCUCAUGAUUAGAAAAAAUUGAUUGUUAGGAGAUCAAAUUUGGUAAUUUUCUGCCUUAAUUCCAGAAACAGGCUGUAGGUAGUAACAAAGAGGAAAAUCGUCUUUUGAACAAACCAUCGAUGGCUUCAUCAUCUUGCCCAAAUCUAGACUUAAAUCUAGCCUUACAAAAAUAAACGUGGUGAUUGUGCAAUAUACACAAUUAAAUUCAUAGAACUUGACAUGGCUCUCUGAGAAAUAAGAAUUUUGCUGGCUCUCUGAGGAAUAACAAUUUUGCUGGCACGCUGACGAUUCUAUGAAAUUUGUGUGAGAAAAUAGUUGUGGAUGUCUUUUGGGCUGAUUGGGAUCCAUAAUUAGUUUUUUUUUUUAUCAUAUUAAAUAGGGAAUUUUAUAUAAAAUGUCAAAAUUAGCACAUUUCUUACCAUUUUACUGUGAGGUGAGAUUUUGAACUCUUUUACCGUUCCAAUUAACUUAUAUAUAUGGCUAUAUAAGUAUAAAUAUUACACAUCCUA